CUCCACAAGUUUGCCUCACUCUCCCAGCAAAAAAGUGUUCACACACUCGAACGCACCUACCCACCCAUCCACCAACCUUCUCUCUCAUUGCAAACAACAGUUCAGAAGAACACAGAUCUGAUCUGGGGAUUAGAAACAUAGAGGUAGAAUGGCGUUCAUCUUAAACAUGGCCGGCGCUCGAUUCUCGUACAGCCCAUCGCCGGUGGAUGGAUUGGCAACGCAUUAUUGUCGGCACGGUGAUGGAAUUGGACGCGGAGGAAGCGUUAAGCCGAUUUUCUCUCCGGCGCCUUUGUACACGAGUUCCAGGCGUAGUAUGGUUGUUAGAGCAGAAGCAAUAAAUCCAGAAAUCAGAAAAAGCGAAGAGAAGGUGGUCGACUCCGUCAUCGUCUCCGAGCUAUCCAAGCCCCUCACCGCCUACUGCAGGUGUUGGAGAUCGGGAACUUUCCCUCUGUGCGACGGGAGUCAUGUGAAACAUAAUAAAGCCACUGGGGACAAUGUUGGCCCUCUGCUCUUGAAGAAGCAAUAGGUACAAUAGUACUGAUGGUGAAUUAAUAAUGGAAAAUUCUGCUUCUGAAACUGUGAACUGUCUUCGUCUUUUACCUUUCUCUCUCAAUUAAGGAAUUUCCAUGUGGCUUCUGUUUGAGAUUGGGAUUAGUUGAUGAAUUGUUCAGGCUUUGCUAAAUUGGAUCAAUUGAUUUAGUAAUC